AUGACUAGCGAUAUUAAUUCGCGCCGGUCUUCGACAAGCGACGCCACUCGACUACCCAAACUCAGCAAUGAAUCCGAAUCUGACCAUGAUCUCCCCUCACCAAAGAACCUAGUCAAGAGCCCCUAUGGUGUCGACCGAGAGCAACUGGAGGAGUUCUUCAGAGGGCUACGCACUAAAGGCGUGCUGGCUAAGACCCAGAUUAUCGACCCUGAUGAAAGAGAUCCAGCUCCCAACCCAGACCAUGUUGACGCGCAGGAUGCAGCCCGCAAGUCUACCAAUAAAAUCACCAAACACUCUUCAGACCAAGUACUCAACAUGGCAGAAGUCACCCAGCUGGACCUGCCGCGGACGUGCAAGGUUGGACAGGGCGAAACAAAAACCGGCGAUACGCGCCGUGCAGAAAUUGAGCCUCCCGACGUCACCUGCCGCAACAGACUGGCCAUCUACAUGGAUAUAGAAUUUGCAGAUCAAGUGCUGAAGUUGGAGGAAGAAUAUCUACUCAAACAGGCCGAACUCAUCAGCAAAUGGGAAGAGGCAAUGCAAGUUGCGCUUGGCAGGGUAACUGAGCUGGGCAGGUCGAGGGCGAUCGACGUCCGAGACAAGCUGCUGGCCUUUGAGGUCAAAAAGGACGGGGGUUUGCAGUUCAAGCAAUUGUUGGAGGAAGUCUGCAGAGUCAGAGAGCGGUUUCAACCGGUGAGCCCGAUCUUGAACAAACUUACAAGGCCAUCAGAUUAA